AUGUUUGGCCAAGGUGCCACGACCAAUACGUUUGGUCAGCCUACGGCUUUCGGCGCAGCGACACCAGCUCCCUUCGGCGCGCUGAAUCCGCAACCUCAGCAAGGUUCUUUGUUUGGCCAAACAUCGGCUCCUACAAUGUUCGGAAUGAGCCAACCGAGCUCCUUAUUCGGAGUAUCAAACACUAGCCAAGCAAAUUCCUUUGGCGCUCAGCAACCUACUUCGACGUUUGGAAAUACAUCGUUGUUUGGCAAUGCUAACAGAGGAUUUGGCAUGACACCUGGAACAACAUUCUCAAACACAUUAGGAUCUUCAAUUAGCGUGCCAACUGGAACGACAGUCAAGUUUGCUCCACAAACAGGCACUGAUACGAUGAUGAAAAAUGGCCAUUCUCAAAGCACGAGCAUCAACAUUCGCUUACAGUGUAUCACUUGCAUGCGUGAAUACGAAUCGAAAUCACUUGAAGAGCUACGUUUCGAGGACUAUCAAGCUAACCGGAAAGGUGGUGGUGCACAGCAAAACACCUCACUUUUUGGUUCUAACGCUCUCGGCACUGGCCUCAACACUGGUCUGAGCACUGGUCUUAACACCGGUCUCAAUACUGGUCUCAAUACCGGUCUCAACACUGGCCUUAACACCGGCCUCGGCGCUGGUCUCAGCACGGGCAACAAUUUAUUUGGCAAUCCGAGUUCAACAAGUUCGACCUUUGGUUCUGCUUCUACUGGCAAUCUAUUCGGUCAAAAUAAAAGCACCUUUGGAGCGAUUGCGCCUACAACAACGUCAACAACAAAUAGCUUCUUUGGGACAAACAACAUGAAUGCCAACAAGCCUUCAACAUUGUUUGGUCAAAAUACUACCAAUACUUCAUUUGGCCAAUCCAACGCCUUUGGCGCAACAAACACUCCUGCCCCGUUUGGUGGACUUAACACUCAGCCGCAACAAGGAUCCCUUUUUACCCAACCUUCAACGAACUCCUUGUUUGGAAAUAAAAGCCAGUCAAACACCAUUUUUGGAGCAACCAAUAGCAAUCCAACCAACACAUUUGGAUCGAUCGCACCUACAACAACUACCACCAGUUUCUUUGGCUCCAACAAUCUUAACGCAAACAAGUCUACAUCUUUGUUUGGUCAAACUGCGCCUACAAAUACAUUUGGUCAGCCUAAUUCUUUUGGCAAUACAAAUACAUUUGGCGCGCUUAACACUCAACCUCAACAGCAGACUUCCCUCUUUGGCCAAACAUCGACAAACUCCAUGUUCGGGAUGAGUCAGCCUAGUUCUCUUUUUGGUGCAACGAACAACAACCAAACAAAUACCUUCGGAUCACUUGCGCCAUCAACCUCAACUACUAACUUCUUCGGUUCUAAUUUGAAUGCAAACAAACCAACACUGUUUAGCAAUCCCACUACAAAUACUUUUGGCCAAUCAAAUGCUUUUGGUUCUACAACUUCGGCACCAUUUGGCUCGUUAAAUACUCAGCCACAACAAGGCUCGCUCUUCGGUCAAACUUCUUCUUCUACAUUAUUUGCGACGAACCAGCAAAGUCCAAUUGAUUCUAGCAACAUUAUUACUCGCCUCCAGACUCUUCCAUACGGCUCUCCACAACUUUUGGUCGACAGCUCCAGCUCACCAGGAGGAAUUAAAACAAAGUUCACCACUGAUCCUAAAACCUUGAAUCAGUACAAAAUCAAUGCCAAGGCGCAAGCAGAAGUGAAGGUUCAACGAGUUCCAGCUGCAGGAAAGCCGACAACGUUGCUUUUUGAUGGCUUAGAUGACGAAAGUGCUGACAAUUUAAAGUGUGCGCAAGACAUCUUUUCGCCAAGGCCAAGCAUAAAGAAGUUAGUGUUGAACAAAAACAACCCUUCACUCUUCAAAAACACGUUCGUCAAAUCUCCACUUGCAAAAGAUAACGAAGCUCCUUUCGGCAACAAAGAGAACCGCUCUCCUGAAGUGGUCACGACUACUAUUCCAAAGCAAGUUCCAGUUCUUGACAAUACCAUUGAAGUGAUCUACAAGCUAUCGAACGAAGGCGCCAGGCAGGAUGCCAACAACUCGACUGGAUCUUCAGCUGAAAAGUCCUUUACCUUUGAGCCACUGAAUUCAACUGUCACUGAAGAGGUUGUUGUUGUGAACAACUAUAUUCCAAAGUGUGGAAUCAUUUUGAACCGGACAGACUACUACACUAUUCCAUCAAUCGAGCAGUGUGACGCCUUCUACGAUGCUGAGAGUGACAGCUGCAUCGUGGACAGCUUUACCGUGGGUCGUGUCGACUACGGCUCAAUCUUUUGGAAAGGGCCGUUGAACGUUAAAGGCAUUAACUUGGAUGAAAUUGUUCACAUUCGUCGUAAAGAGGUCAUUGUGUAUCCUGAUGAUGAAGCAAAGCCGCCGGUCGGUGAAGGCUUGAACCGACCUGCUCAAAUUACACUUGAUCAGGUCUGGCCAAUCGACAAAACGACCCGGGAGUUUAUCAAAGACGUUCAACGUUUACGAGCCAUGAAGUACGCCGAUAAAGUGGAAGCAGCCACUAUCAAAUUAGACGCCAUAUUUAAAGAAUAUCGACCAGACACUGGCUCUUGGGUUUUCACGGUAAAGCACUUCAGCAAAUAUGGAUUGGAUGCUGAUGACGAGGACAUUGACAUGGAUCAGCAGCCGCAACAGCAACAACAACAACAGCAGCAACAACAGCAACCCGCAAAGAUCAACCAAAAUGGUUUUCAAAAUGGCAACAUCCCUACCAGUAAGUCGACCAAUGAAAACUACAAUCAUUUAAUUAGCGCUUCAGUUGAACUAUUUCCAAAAGGUCAGAAUUUUUUACCAAAUGGCUUUGGAGGUCCUUUGCCUAAGUUUGGCGGCGAUAUGCAGAUCCCAUCGCGCGACCUACCCAGCAAUUACAUCUACGGCACUAUUCACGAAGAUGAUCUUGAAGAUGAUAAUAAUGUCGAAAUUGAUCCGACUCAAGCGAAGGUGAAUAAUGNUGCAAAGAUCAACCAAAAUGGUUUUCAAAAUGGCAACAUUUCUACCAGUAAGUCGACCAAUGAAAGCUACAAUCAUUUAAUUAGCGCUUCAGUUGAACUAUUUCCAAAAGGUCAGAAUUUUUUACCAAAUGGCUUUGGAGGUCCUUUGCCUAAGUUUGGCGGCGAUAUGCAGAUCCCAUCGCGCGACCUACCCAGCAAUUACAUCUACGGCACUAUUCACGAAGAUGAUCUUGAAGAUGAUAAUAAUGUCGAAAUUGAUCCGACUCAAGCGAAGGUGAAUAAUGAGCUCAGCCUCAUGAGGUCUGCCUUUUUCCUAGAGCAGGACGAAGAGGUUGACACUGUUACAAAGAAAUGCAAAAAUAUGUCGUUCACGAAAAGCACCACUUCUCAUCAAAUCAUUCCGUCGCUCUUUCCAAGCAAGUUCAAAUCUACUAUUCCUAAGCGGCGAAAGCUGGAAUUUGAGGCUGUUCCUUCAAAGAAUAAGGCCAACAUUUAUUCUGUUAGUUAUGCCACCUUCCCUAGAGUCAACUUUUUUAACGGAUCCAAUCAAUUCUGCAUUGUGUAUGGCGGCCAGGUGCUCGUUUUCAAAGCAAACUUUCUUGAUUCCGGCAAAGAGAAGGACGACGAACGAAAGAUGCAGGAACAUCUCACUCUAAAUUCCGAAUUGAUUUCAUCACACAAUCCUCGAUUCCCGCCAAUGGUUAAAACCAACAAGUUUAGUCUAAUUGUUGGCGCUGAUGUUCAUCUUAACUCGCUCAUUGAAGCGCUGUACGGCGAACUUAGUGAAACACUGGACUUUUGUCGGUACCAGGAGCGAAUUCGCCGCAUUGUAAACUGGCUGUUCACCUACAACAAAACACUUCCAGUGCCAGAGAAAACAUUUGCACGCAUCAUGCACUUUCUCACCACCAAUGAACUUGAAUUUGCCGUCACAGAGUCUGUCAACUCUAAGCAACCUCGACUUUCUUACCUCCUUGCGUCUGGUCAAUAUGUAAAGAAGUAUCUCAUCAUGUCACAGCUCGACCACUGGAAGCGAAGCGAGUCAGACGCCUUUAUUGAGCAUGACUUACUAAAGCUGUACAUUCUGCUCUCCGGACAAUCAAACUGGACUUUGAGCACAGGCCAAACAGUGGAAGUUUUUGAAGGUCUCGAAUGGACACAGCAGCUCAUUCUCCUGUUGCUUUACAAAGAUUUGGACGUGAGCGAUUCUGAGGUGUUUGAAACAAAUCUCGUCAAGUCGGCAAUCUCUCUGCUAACAGUGAAGCCGAAUUGCGUCGAGUACCAUUUAUUGGCGCAGAGUGAUCCCUGGGUGGCCAUUUCAGCAUGCCCUGGUUUACUUGACUCGUGGUUCUUGCACGAGUCACUUUGCAGCUUCAAUGUGAUUGCAGACGAUUUAUUCAACAACAAAAGUGACUCCAUCCACCUACACUUGGCCUCACAAGCUAAAGACUUGCGGUGGGCUGUGUUCUUUGCUCUUCAUAUUCGCAACGAUUUUACACGCUCUCAUUUUGUGAUUGAUCUUCUCGUUCGCAACUCGACGCAGCUGACUGAUUCCGAUGUGAAAACGUUCUUGGUGGACAAACUCUCUGUCGACAAGCAGUUGAUAUCGGAAGCCAAGUUGCUGUUUAGAGGUUGCCCUAAAGCUGCCCGGUUGUGA